AUGUUAGCUGAGCUGGUGGAGAAACUGAGGAAGAGAGGACUCCAGGCUGCUCCCCCUCCUGCUCUGUGCUAUGCUGGACCUGGAGAUGUGGUGUGUCAGCUCACACUGGACCCAAACACAGCACACAGACACCUCUCUCUGUCUGAAGGGAACAGAAAGGUGACCGAUACACGCAAAUUCCAACCAUAUCCUGUCCAUCCAGACAGAUUCACCAACUGGUACCAGGUUCUGUGUAGAGAGGGUCUGUCUGGACGCUGUUACUGGGAGGUGGAGAGGACUGGUGGUGUUGUUGAUACAUCAGUCUCAUAUAAAGACAUCAGCAGAACAGAGAGAGGUAAUGAUGGUGGAUUUGGAUACAAUAACAAGUCCUGGAGUUUACAGUGCUAUAGUGAUGGUUAUUGUUUCAGACACAAUAAUGUUGAGACUAAAGUCUCAGGCCCUCAGUCCUCCAGAGUAGGAGUGUACCUGGAUCACAAGGCAGGUACUCUGUCCUUCUACAGUGUCUCUGACACAAUGACCCUCCUCCACAGAGUCCAGACCACAUUCACUCAGCCCCUCUAUCCUGGGUUUGGUCUCUCUGGUUCUGCUGAGCUGGUUAAACUGUAGUAGGGUCCACAUAGAUACUAGUCAUGCUGGUGUAGUCUAUAGCUGAGCUGGUUAAACUGUAGUAGGGUCCACAUAGAUACUAGUCAUGCUGGUGUAGUCUAUAG